UAAAAGUUAACAUUUUUCUUCCAAACAGGGAUCUAAUUGUAUUUAAAUCGUUAAAAAAAUCGUUGAAAUAAACGUUUCCUUUUAUUACGUACUACGUUUAGAAUAGCACGUUUAUGUUAAUAAUAGUACACGUAUGACGCGUUUAAGCGUUACCAUUUGUAUUUCGAAAGAAGCUUUAUCGAAACGUCAGACAUUAUCAAAUCUAAGAUUUUCUUUUUUGGAUUAUCAUGCAUGAAGCAUCACCAUGGUAACAGAAAAUGAAGAACUCGUUGCUUACGCAACGGUGAAGAUAGAACCAAACUCAACCAAGACCGUGGUUAAGGACUACCACUGAGUAAUCAAGGACAGACAAGAAUGGAUCGACUAAUUUCGUCACCGGCGGGAGUUUUGCGCGUGUCGCGCAUAAGUCUUGUCUGUGUCAUUGGGAAUAUGCGCGAGUUUUCCGUAGUAGCGAAUCGUUUCCCAAUGCAGCGAUAUUGUCAAAUAGCUAUUUCUUCGAUAUCUUCACAAAGGAAUAUCGUAAAUUGGUCUUGCAAUAAUUUUUUCGAUUAGAUACGAACGCCUAUUUUACGUAUAUGUUACUCUAACUGUUAUCAAUAUAAAAACAUGUGAAAGAGAGAACAGUAGAUUUGCAUUCUUCGUUAUUUGAAAACUGAUUAUAUAUAAAAAAAAAAAAUGCGAAUCAUUUUAGUAAAAUUUCGUGAAGUAUCCCAAAAAUAUCCUAUUGUACGAGGUAUGGCAUCUUAUGCUAUUAUUUGGCCAACCGCAAGCUUAUUUCAGCAAAAAAUAACAGGUAGACCAGAAUUGAAUUAUACAGAAGCAUUAAGAUUUAGUUUGUAUGGUGGCUUUUUUGUAGCACCAACUUUAUAUUGUUGGUUAAGAUGCGCUUCACAUUUUUGGCCAAAAUCUGAUUUUAAAUCUGCAAUCACAAAAGCAUUGGUAGAACAAGUUACGUAUAGUCCGACUGCUAUGUGUUGCUUUUUCUUUGGAAUGAAUUUACUAGAACAAAAGUCUAUUUCAGAAUGUGCUGAAGAAGUAAAACAGAAAUUCUGGCCAACUUACAAGGUCGGAGUAUGCGUAUGGCCUAUUUUACAAACUAUUAACUUUGUAUUAAUUCCAGAACAUAAUCGUGUAGUUUAUGUAAGUGUUUGCAGUUUCAUCUGGACGUCUUUUCUUGCAUAUAUGAAAGCGCUUCAAGCCAAGCAAGAACAACAAAAAAUGGCAAAUGAUAGUACGAAUAAAAAGGAAUUUUUAGAAAGCACGCAUAAUGCAAAAUCUAUGAUUCAAUCGGUUGAAAAAAGUAAAUCAAGUUCUUUAUGAUGUAAAUUUUGUAGUAAAUUUUACGAUAUUAGCUCAAUUUAUUUGUAUAAAUUUUAAUUUCCAUAUGCUUAUAUAAAAAAUUUUUGUUUAUAUUUUAUCAAUGUGAACACGUGGUAAUUAUGUAAAAGCAAAUGGAAAAUUUAUUAUCAAAGUAGAGUUUCGAACUCAAGAUUCCAUUAAAUAUUUAUACAAAUGUAUAGGAUAAUAUCAUAUUAUCACGCUAACAUAAAGCUAGUCAUUUUAAUAAAUGUUAGCGUUUAUAUGAGACAAAACAUUUCCGUAUUUUUGGAAGAAAAUAUAACCGUAUUUAAUAAUUAAAAUAGAAAAUUAUAUAGAAAGUUAUUAAUAUAAGUUAAAAGAUAUAAAAGAGAUACAUUGAAUGAUCUCAUAAAUUGAAAGUAUAUGAAGGUGUUCAUAAUGUUUAAAAAAAUCAAUUAAUAUUUAAAUGUGAUUGACAAUAAAUUGUAUAAAACCCUGUAUAAAUGGAUAAAAUAUAUUAAACUUAUUGAAUCGAAUAAAAA